GGACGUUCAAAAACACAUAAAAAUGAGUGAAUUAUUGUUACCGAACUUCGUUUUAAGUAAAUUGGAUCGAAUAAUCCGUGAAAAUGGUUUUAUUAAUUAUUCAAUGGAAGUGAUGCCAGGUUCACAGAUUGGCGAUGGGUUCACGAGUCAAUUGGCAAGAAUAAAGAUUUCUGAAAGUGGCUGUGACAACACGUUGCAAAUUAUGUGCAAAUUAGCACCACUGACCGAUGAUCCAGCUAGAAAAUCCAAAUCAUAUUUCAUUUUUAGACGAGAAGCGACAUUUUAUACCGAAGUGAUGCCAAAGUUUGCCAAAUUUCAAGAAGAAAAAAAUCUAUCAAAAAGUGAUCAAUUUCUGGCAUAUCCAAAGUGUUACGGAACAAUAAUUGAUGAUGAAAAUGGUGAUUAUGCUAUCAUUUUGGAAGAUCUUCGUCCGCAAGAGUUUAAAUUGUGGCCCAAAGUUAAAACAUCACCGAUCGAAAAUAUCCGGCUAGCAAUGCGUGAAAUUGGUAAAUUUCAUGGGCUCUCGUUUGCAAUGAAAGACCAAAGACCACAGGAAUUUUCGGAAUUUGAACAAUUUACGGAUCUUUAUAAAGUUUUAUUCAAAUCAAAAGGCGUACCUGAUAUGUUUAGAAAUAGCUAUGAUUACGCUAUUAAAUCAUUAAAAUGUGAAAAUUAUAAAAAAAUCAUGCGUGAAAUAAGAGAAAAUUUUUUGGAAUACUUUGACGCAUGUCUUAACGAAAAGUCAUCAAGCUAUUUUGGUGUGAUAUGCCACGGCGAUUUUUGGAAUAAUAAUAUUCUCUACAAAUUCAACAAGAAUGAUGCUGCUGAAGAUAUACGCAUUUUAGAUUGGCAAGUGUUAAGAUAUGGCUCACCGGCAAUCGAUUUAAUUACAAACAUAUUUACAACCACCGAUAAAACGAUGCGAGAUAAAGAAUAUGACAACUUUCUUCGGAUUUAUUAUGAAUCAUUCUCAAAUACUGUAAAACUAUUGGGAAGUAAUCCCAAUGAAUUGUUUACAUUCGAUGAUUUACAAUCAGAACUUAAAAGAUGUGGAGUUUAUACAUUAUUAUUGCUGCCAAUAGCAAUACAGGUGUCACAAGCAGAUGAAAGAGAAUUAACAGACAGAUCUGAUGCGAAUGCCAAAGGUAUAGUUGGUCAAUUAAGCGAAAGAGGUCAACAGGAAUAUGAGCGACGCUUGAAUGGUGUCUUUGAGGAUGUUAUCAGAUUUGGCUAUUACCAACAAAAUUGAAUAAAUAUCUAUAAAAUACAUAAAGUACAUACUACCGUCUAAAUCGAGUUCAACAAUUGCCGUGUUUGUACUAUUGUGGACAAAAAAUACCGGUAAUUUAUUAAUAAAAUUUCGCGCGGAAAAGUAAUCAUGAAAACCUUUCGACUAUAGGUUGGUAGCUUUGUCUUUGACAUCUGUACAAAAUUUCAUGUCAAUAUCUCUUGAGGUUUUUGGUUACGUUUGUUCGUUUACACCGAUAAAUUUUCAUUUGGCGAUUUUCAUAAUGACAGAAAAUUUGGAACAAAGAUAUUGCAUUAAACUUUGCAUGCGGAAUGAAAUUUCUGCUGCAGAAACGUUGAGAAUGUUACAAAAGCUUUCGGUGAUCAGGCCAUGUCGCACAAUAACCCUAUUAUCAUACA